AUGGCGGGAACAGGAAUCCACCCAUACCACCAGCAAUGGCCGCCAGCACAAGCUCCACCACCACCACCCUCCGCCCCAGGCGCUCCUCACCCUCCUUCUGUCCACCACGCUCCACCUCCCGGCCUCGUCGAUAACUCCAAUCGCGGCCCUCCCACUCUCGACGAGGUUCGAACGAUAUUUAUAACGGGAUUCCCUGACGAUGUGAAGGAGAGAGAAUUGCAGAAUUUGUUGAGAUGGUUACCUGGUUAUGAGGCUUCACAAGUUAAUUAUAAAGGAGAGAAAGCUAUGGGUUUUGCUCUAUUUUCGUGUGCGCAGCACGCUAUUGCUGCUAAAGACGCUCUCCAGGACAUGGUUUUCGAUGCGGAGACUAAGUCUGUGUUGCAUACAGAAAUGGCUAAGAAGAAUCUAUUUGUUAAAAGAGGAAUAGUUGCAGAUUCUAAUGCUUAUGAUCAAAGCAAACGUUUGCGAACUGGUGGUGAUUAUUCUCACACUGCUUAUACUACUCCAUCUCCAUUUCACCCUCCUCCUCCUGUUUGGGGACCACAUGGGUACAUGACUCCAGCUCCGCCUCCGUAUGAUCCAUAUGGUGGUUAUCCUGUUCCUCAAGUACCAAUGCCUCCUCCUGCUCCUAUCCCAGCUCCUAGCAGCUAUGUGCCAGUUCAGAAUACAAAAGACAACCCUCCUUGCAAUACCUUAUUUAUUGGCAAUCUUGGAGAGAAUAUCAACGAGGAUGAACUGAGAGGUCUAUUCAGUGGGCAACCUGGUUUUAAGCAAAUGAAGGUUUUGAGACAAGAAAGGCAUACUGUUUGCUUUAUUGAGUUUGAAGAUGUGAAUAGUGCAACGAAUGUGCACCAUACUUUGCAGGGUGCUGUUAUUCCGAGUUCUGGAGCUGUUGGCAUGCGAAUACAAUAUCCUUUUAGAUUUUUUUGGCACUAUAUUUAA